AUGGAUGAUGAUAUGGAAAUGUUCGAUGUUUUUGCAGAAGGCAGCGGUUCAUUACUAUCCGGUAAUACCGACAAGAAGGAACUACUGAGUAAUUCUAUUCAAAAGACAGAAAUGAAUAAGAGGAAACAGAAGGAAGCUCGUGAACGAGCCAACAAAUUACUGGGAGAGUUAGCGACAGGUAACGCUGCAAAUAAAGAUGUUGUGACAAUAUCUAGCGACGAUGAUGAUGAGACAGAUGACAGCGAUACAGGAAUAUUGUCGAAAAGAUCGAAAAAAGAGAAUACUGCGGAGGAGCUUCCUGGUUUAGCUUCUCAUCCACGAAACAAUAUCAAAACUGUCGAAAGUGAAGGAAAUUGUUCACAUGAAGUCGUCUUACCACCAAAUAUGGAAUAUGUACCAUUGAAACCACGUACAACAGCUCCAGCCAAGAUGUAUGAAUUCCAGUUAGAUGCAUUUCAAAGGGAAGCAAUCACUUGUAUUGAUAACAGUCAUUCCGUUCUUGUAUCGGCCCAUACUUCUGCUGGAAAAACUGUUGUCGCAUUAUAUGCAAUAGCGAUGUCUUUACGUGAUAAGCAGCGCGUUAUAUAUACGUCACCUAUCAAAGCUUUGUCUAAUCAGAAAUAUCGAGAAUUGGAGGAAGAAUUUGGUGAUGUAGGUUUGAUGACUGGUGACAAUACAUUGAAUCCGGAUGCUUCUUGCAUUGUCAUGACGACAGAAAUUCUGCGAUCAAUGUUAUAUCGUGGUUCAGAGAUUAUGAGGGAAGUUGGAUGGGUUAUUUUCGAUGAAAUUCACUAUAUGCGCGAUAAAGAGCGUGGUGUUGUGUGGGAAGAAACAAUUAUUUUGCUACCCGAUACUGUGCAUUAUGUUUUUCUUUCUGCUACGAUUCCAAAUGCAAGGCAGUUUGCAGACUGGGUAGUUUAUCUUCAUGAUCAACCGGUUCAUGUUAUAUAUACUGAUUAUCGUCCAGUACCUUUGCAACAUUUCAUUUAUCCAGCUGGUGGUUCAGGACUGUAUGAAGUUGUAAAUAUGCAGGGAAUUUUUCGAGAGGAUAAAUUUACUGAAGCAAUGAAUGUACUAUCACAAGUAGGAGAUGCAGGACAGGGUGGAAUCAGCAGGGGAAAGAAGGGUGGAACAGCAGGUGCACCUCACGUAGUAAAUAUAAUUCGCACACUUAAGGAGCGUGAUAUGAUUCCAGUCAUCAUUUUCUCAUUCAGUCGAAAAGAGUGUGAAGCAUAUGCAACGCAAAUGACUAAUUUAGAUUUCAAUACAGAAGACGAAAAGGUAAAGGUAAAGGAAAUAUUUGUCAAUGCAAUCAGUUUAUUAUCCGAAGAAGAUAGCAAAUUACCUGAAAUUGGACGAGUAUUGCCACUAUUAUUGCGUGGUAUUGGAGUGCAUCAUUCGGGUUUGCUGCCAAUUGUUAAGGAAGUUAUCGAGAUUUUGUUCGGAGAAGGUUUGAUCAAAACCUUAUUUGCCACUGAAACUUUUUCCAUGGGUCUAAAUAUGCCUGCUCGUACUGUGUUAUUCACAUCUGCAAGAAAAUUCGAUGGAAAAGAUUACCGAUGGAUUACAUCGGGUGAGUAUAUCCAAAUGAGUGGACGAGCUGGACGUCGAGGUAAAGAUGAUCGUGGCCUUGUAAUAUUAAUGGUUGAUCAGCAGAUGGGACAGGAUGUAGCUAAACAGAUUAUUAAAGGUGCACCAGACCCACUUAACUCGCAGUUUCGUUUGACUUAUAAUAUGGUUCUGAACUUGCUUCGAGUUGAAGGGAUUAAUCCUGAAUUUAUGCUGGAGAAUUCAUUUUAUCAGUUCCAGAAUUAUGAUGCCCUGCCGCAACUUUACGCAAAUGUGGAAAGAAAGAAGAGAGAGCUUGCUAGUUACAAAAUUGAUGGAGAAACAGAAAUAUCUGGUUAUUAUCAAAUGGAAAAGCAGAUUGGUGUGUUGAAAGAAGCUGUAAAAGAAGUCGUUACGAAGCCAAAACACCUUGUACCCUUUUUGCAAGCUGGGCGUUUGCUUCAUAUUGUUUCAAACGAUAAAGAUUUUGGGUGGGCAGCUCUGUUAGAUUUUCACAAAAAAGCGAACCCUGUUGAUCCUCUUGGUUUGGAUGUAAUGUAUAUACUAGAUGUAUUGAUGUUAUUGUCUGCAGAAAGUGCAAAAAAUUUGUCAGAUAUUACACAGCUGCGACCACCUAAUGCGAAUGAGAAGGGGGUUGUAGAGGUUGUAUCUGUUGCAAUCAGUUGUGUAUCUGAAAUAAGUGCAGUCCGCGUGAAGUUACCACAGAAUUUGAAAGCAUACGAAGGAAAACAAAGUGCUGGUCGCGUUAUAAAAGAAGUUUUAAAAAGAUUCAACGGAAUUAUGCCUUUGCUUGACCCGCUAAACGACAUGAAAAUAAAUGAUUCAGUGCUGCAGGAAAAUAUUAUUAAAUUGCAAGCACUAGAAAAACGAAAAGAUAGUCAUCCUCUGAGGGAGAACAGUAAAUUUGACGAAAUCUACAAGCAGUAUGAAAAGAAGCUAGAGUUGGAGGCGGAACUGAAGGUGGCAAAAACUGAGCUAAAGAAAGCUCAAAGUUUAUUACAACUGGAUGAGUUGAAAUGUCGCAAACGUGUGCUUCGAAGGUUGCAAUACUGCGACGAGAAUGAUGUUAUUACGCAAAAGGGACGUGUCUCAUGUGAAGUGAGUGCUGCAGAUGAGUUGAUGUUAACAGAGAUGAUGUUUGGUGGCAUAUUCACAGACCUUGCUACUCCGCAGUUGGCAGCUUUGCUCUCAUGUUUUGUGUUUGAAGAAAAAGCAGGAGGAACGAAAUUGGCAGAUGAUCUCAGCGGUUGUUUAAGAGCAAUGCAAGAAUAUGCUAGACGCAUUGCAAAAGUGACGAAAGAAUCAAAACUCGAGAUUGAUGAAGACAAAUAUGUAGAAUCGUUUAAGCCUCAUUUGAUGGAUGUAGUCCAUGCAUGGUGUACUGGUGCAUCUUUUGCUGAAAUUUUAAAAAAAACGGAUAUUUUUGAAGGAUCAAUAAUUCGCUGCAUGCGGCGUUUGGAAGAAUUGCUGCGUGAAAUGGUAGGUGCUUCGAAAGCAAUAGGAAAUGGAGAUCUGGAAACACGUUUUGAAGAAGCACGAGUGCUUUUGAAGCGUGAUAUCGUGUUUACGGCUUCGUUAUAUCUGUAA